CGUACUUCCCUUAAGCGGGGGCAUCUCGCUGACGCUAUACCUCCGACAAAAUCUCCAGCGUUUGAAGUUGAUGAUUCACAGCGUCCAUAAAAUAAUUUCAAAACGGCUGCUACACACACUGAGGAAACUUUCAGUGUUACGCCACUCUCGAAAGCUAACGUCCAAAAUGUCUUUUCAGUAUCCCCAGGCUUACCGUGACGAGGCAGUUGUGGAUGACUAUCACUGCGUCAAAGUACCGGAUCCGUACAGCUGGUUGGAGGAUCCUGACAGUGAAAAGACACAGGCUUUUGUCAACGCUCAGAACCAGCUGACGUUGCCGUUUUUAGAAGAAUGUGAGGUGCGAGAUCUGUUCAAGGAGCGGAUGACUGAGCUCUAUGACUACCCCAAGUACAGCUGUCCUUUUAAGAGGGGAAGCAGGUACUUUCACUUCUACAACACAGGCCUCCAGAACCAGAGUGUGAUGUAUGUGCAGGAGAGUCUAGAUGCUGAGCCUACAGUCUUCUUGGAUCCAAACACAUUUUCUGACGAUGGGACUGUUGCCCUUCGAGGGUAUGCAUUUUCUGAGGAUGGGGAGUACCUUGCAUACGGUACCAGUGCCAGUGGGUCUGACUGGGUGGAGAUCCACUUCUUGCGGGUUGAGGGUGCCACGACCCUAGAAGACCGCCUGGAGCGAGUCAAAUUUAGCUGCAUGUCCUGGACUCAUGAUGGAAAGGGUCUUUUUUACAAUUCCUAUCCUGAGCAAGAGGGCAAAAGUGACGGCACUGAGACGUCCACUAACCUGCACCAGAAGCUGUAUUUUCAUGUUUUGGGAACGCCGCAGUCCGAGGACGUCUUGUGUGCCGAGUUUCCUGACCAUUCCAAAUGGAUGUGCGGAGCUGAGGUAUCAGAUGAUGGGCGUUAUGUGUUGCUGUUGAUCAGAGAGGGUUGUGAUCCUGUCAACAGAUUGUGGUACUGUGACCUGGAAACUACUCCUCAGGGCAUUACAGGACUUUUGCCAUGGGUGAAGUUAAUCGACAACUUUGAUGCCGAGUAUGAAUACGUGACCAACGAGGGCACGUUAUUUACCUUCAAAACCAACUUAAACGCCCCGCGUUACAGACUCAUCAACAUCGAUUUUGCCUCUCCUGAUCAGAACAACUGGAAGGAGCUUAUUCCUCAACACGACAAAGAUGUUAUUGUCUUUGCCACCUGUACAUACUCCAGCUAUCUGUUUGUGUGUUUCCUCCACGAUGUGAAGAACGUGUUGAAGAUGUACCGUCUGAGCUCAGGGGAGGAGCUGAGGACCUUCCCUCUCGACGUUGGCUCUAUAGUUGGCUUCACAGGACGAAAGAGGGACUCUGAGAUUUUCUACUAUUUCACUUCCUUUUUAUCCCCAGCCAUCAUUUUCCACUGUGACCUAACCAAGGAGCCACUGCAGCCACACAUCUUCAGAGAGGUCACCGUCAAAGGCUUCAACCCCUCUGACUACCAGACCACCCAGAUCUUCUACCCCUCCAAAGAUGGCACUCAGAUACCCAUGUUUGUUGUUCAUAAGAAGGGAAUCAAACUGGAUGGCUCCCAUCCAGGUUUUUUGUACGGCUACGGGGGCUUCAACAUCUCCAUCACACCGAGCUACAGCGUCUCUCGGCUCAUUUUUGUUCGACACCUGGGAGGAGUUUUAGCUGUUGCCAACAUCAGAGGAGGGGGAGAGUAUGGGGAGACCUGGCACAAAGCUGGCAUGCUCGCAAGCAAGCAGAACUGCUUCACAGACUUCCAGUGUGCAGCCGAGUAUCUCAUCAAGGAAGGAUACACGUCCUCAUCCAAGCUGACCAUAAACGGAGGCUCGAACGGCGGCCUGCUCGUCGCGGCGUGUGUGAACCAGCGGCCCGAGCUGUUCGGCUGCGCUGUGGCUCAGGUGGGCGUCAUGGACAUGCUGAAGUUCCACAAGUUCACCAUCGGCCACGCGUGGACCACAGACUUCGGCUGUUCAGAAGACAAAGAGCAGUUUGACUGGCUCAUCAAGUACUCCCCGCUGCAUAACAUCCACAUCCCAGAAAGCAACGGCGUGCAGUACCCCGCGGUGCUGCUGCUGACGGGGGAUCACGACGACCGGGUAGUGCCUCUCCACUCUCUGAAAUACAUCGCCACCCUGCAGCACACUGUUGGCCGCAACCCCAAGCAGACAAAUCCCCUGUUCAUCCUCGUGGACACAAAGUCGGGACACGGAGCCGGCAAACCCACCAGCAAAGUCAUCCAGGAGGUGGCAGACACUUACGCCUUCAUCGCCCGCUGUCUCAACCUGUCGUGGGUCAAAUAACCUGAACUGCCUGUGAAAAGUUCGUGGCUUGUUCGCUCAUUUCCCUUUUACUGAAAUACAUUUUCAACACUGAACAUAUUUCAGCUUACCAUGCCAUAACAAACGUUUAUUUUAGUCCUCUCUUCUCGGUGUCUCAACAAUACUCACGGCUGCUAUAUAAGGCCAUAUUUGUAGUUCUUUAAGUCAGCGGCUACCCUUAUGACUACAAAAAUCAACCGAUCAGCCAUAACAGUCACGGGAUCUAAAGUGUUCAAAAAAUGGUUCCUGCAUUUUCUUUGCCUCUUAUUUAAAACUUGUUUACGC